GGCAGGAAAGCCGUGCGCGUAAUGCUGAGGCUCUAGCGUGGGCGUUACGAUUAUUGCUUAUUGCGAGUGCCAGUCGCCCAGAGCAUCUGGCCCGGAGCUCCAUUGCUGUUCUGUAAUCCAUCAUCUUCCAUAUUCUGCAUCUCUCCACCCGCUUCGCGAUCUGAUACCCUCCCCCGUAGACGGUCUGAUAAACCCCCCUUGGUCAACUUCAGUCCAUUCUGUCCCGACCACUUUUUGAGAUCACACACACACCCCGCCGGAUUCGCUGUUGACAGCCACCCUCCAAACCCCGACCACCCCCCCAACUGUAUCAGCCCGCCUGCCAUCAUGGCGCAAGACAGCGAUGUUCCCAAGUCUGCCGACAAGGGCAAGGGCAAAGCUGUUGAUGCUGACAAGGUCGACGACGCCAAGAAAGGCAAGGACCCUCAACAGAACGGCAAGAAAGACGAGGAUAAGAUCACUGAUGGCCCCGAGGAGCUGAGCGAGGAGGACCAGCAGCUCAAGAAUGAGCUUGACAUGCUCGUGGAGCGAUUGACCGAAUCCGAUGCGUCUCUCUACAAGCCCGCCCUCGAGGCCAUGAAGACCUCCAUUAAGACCUCCACAUCCUCCAUGACCGCCGUACCAAAACCUCUCAAGUUCUUGAGACCACAUUACGAACCCUUGACCAAGCUCUAUGACGAAUGGCCCGAGGGCGAUGACAAGUCGUCCCUGGCAGAUGUGCUAUCCGUCAUUGGCAUGACCUUUUCCGACGAGGACCGCCAAGACACCUUGAAGUACCGACUGCUGUCCCCUUCACAAGACAUUGCAUCCUGGGGCCACGAAUACACGAGACAUCUGGCUCUGGAAAUUGGCGAGGUCUAUGGAAAACGCGUUGCCGCCGAUGAGCAUGUGCAGGAUCUGAUCGACCUUGCACUUGUUCUGGUACCGCUUUUCUUGAAGGCAAACGCCGAGGCAGACGCCGUCGAUUUGAUGAGCGAGCUCGAGAUUAUCAAGAGGAUACCCGAGUUUGUUGACGAAAACACAUAUGCUCGAGUCUGCCUGUACCUGGUCAGCAUGGUCAACCUCCUUACCUAUCCCGACAACGAAGAAUUCCUGCGCGUUGCGCACGACAUCUACAUGGCCUACAAGGAGUACACACAAGCCAUUGUCAUUGCCAUCCGUCUCAACGAUGUCGACUUGAUCAAGCAAGAUUUCGAUUCCGCCAAGAACCCUGCCCUGAAGAAGCAGCUGGCUUUCUUGAUCGGACGCCAGAAGAUCUGGGUCGACGUCAACAAGGGAUCCGACGACGACGAGGCACAAGAGAUUGACGAGGCCCUUUGCAAUAUCAAGUUGGCCGAGUACUUCAAGACCCUAGGCAAGGAGCUCAACAUCCUCGAGCCCAAGACCACAGAAGAUAUCUACAAAAGCCACUUGGAGAGCAAUCGCGUCGCCGGCAUGACCAACCUCGACUCGGCCCGUCACAAUCUGUCCGCGGCAUUUGUGAACGCAUUUGUGAACGCUGGCUUCGGCAACGACAAGAUGAUGCUUGUGGAGGAGGACAAAGAGAACUGGGUAUGGAAGACCAAGGACGAGGGUAUGAUGUCAACAGUCGCGUCCUUGGGAACCUUGCUUAUGUGGGAUGUCGAGAACGGCCUCGACAAGAUCGACAAGUAUACCUAUGCUCCGGAGCCUCAGAUUCAGGCCGGCGCCAUGCUUGCCAUCGGCAUCAUGAAUUCCGGCGUGCGGAUAGAUUCCGAGCCCGCCCUUGCUCUUCUAGCCGACACGGACAAGCUGGAACACAAGAACCCUCUCAUUCGCACUGCUUGCAUCAUGGGUCUAGGUUUGGCAUAUGCUGGCUCUCAGCACGAAAAUGUCCUCGAACAAUUGCUUCCCAUCAUUACGGAUCCGAGUCAAGACAUGCAAAUAUCCGCCAUGGCCGCCCUUUCGCUUGGCCUGGUCUUCGUUGGCACGUCCAACUCCGACAUCAGCGAGGCCAUCGUCACAACCCUCAUGGACGAUGAGAGAAAGUCACAAUUGAGCGACAAGUGGGCACGCUUCCUUGCCCUUGGGUUGGGCCUUUUGUACUUUGGCCGACAGGAGGAAGUCGAGGUCAUCCUCGAGACUCUCAAGGCCGUUGACCACCCCACGUCCAAACCGUCCGGUCUUCUUGCCGAGAUCUGUGCCUGGGCCGGAACUGGUGCCGUCUUGAAAAUUCAAGAGCUCCUUCAUAUCUGCAACGAACACGUGGAGGAGUCAGAGGAGAAGAAGGGCGACGAGCUCCUGCAGGCUUACGCUGUACUCGGUAUUGGUCUUGUGGCUAUGGGCGAGGAUAUCGGUCAAGAGAUGGUCUUGCGCCAGUUUGGUCACCUUAUGCACUAUGGAGAGGCCAACAUCCGCCGAGCUGUGCCUCUUGCUAUGGGUCUCAUCAGCCCAAGCAAUCCCCAGAUGAAGGUUUACGACACUCUCUCCCGAUACAGUCACGACAACGACAACGAGGUUGCUAUCAACGCAAUUUUCGCCAUGGGUCUGUUGGGUGCGGGUACCAACAAUGCCCGUCUCGCACAGCUACUGCGUCAGCUUGCAUCCUACUACCACAGAGACCAGGAGUCACUAUUCAUGGUCCGCAUUGCGCAGGGUCUCCUCCACAUGGGUAAAGGCACAAUGAGCCUGAACCCCUUCCACACGGACCGCCAGGUACUAUCGCGUGUCAGCACAGCUGGUCUUCUUGCUGUGCUCGUGGCCAUGAUUGACGCCAAGCAAUUUAUCACAUCGCAGAGCCACUACCUGCUCUACUUCCUGGUAACAGCCAUGCACCCACGAUUCCUAGUCACUCUCGACGAGAACCUGAAGCCUCUGACCGUCAACGUUCGGGUGGGUCAAGCUGUCGAUGUUGUCGGACAGGCCGGUCGCCCCAAGACCAUUACUGGUUGGCAAACGCAAAGCACGCCUGUGCUCCUGGCUCACGGCGAGCGUGCGGAACUCGAAGAUGAGGAAUACAUCAGCUUGUCCGGCACGUUAGAAGGAUUGGUAAUUCUGAAGAAGAACCCCGAUUGGGACGCAGAGAACAAAUGAUGGAUGAGGCUUGAGACUUCAUGAGCAAGGGUACGGUCAGGGGUUCGGAUCUGUCAAAGCCGUGUAUUGCAUAGCUCCCAAGGCUUCUGAGUGGGUAACCAUGAAAUGUACCAUAACAUAAUCAAUUAAAGAGCGGGCCGAGAACCACCAUGUGUUCUGCCGAAGCAGCUCGGUCCAUCCGCAAUAGAGGAUCAAUGACGUGAACAAAUACAUGUCCUAUUUGUCUUGUCAA